CCACAAUCCCGCUCGUUUGGAUCUCACCUUUUCAUCAAGCUUGUUCCUAGCGACGUGAUCGACAAUGGCUGAACCGGAAGUACCCCACAUCGAGGUUGAUAACGGAGGUGAAUCCGAUGCGGAAUCUGGCAUCGACAGCCGUUUGUCCACGUACACGGCAUCUCUAACCUCGAGCGUUGUCGACUAUCCGUACGAGCACGGUAGACGAUACCAUGCAUUCCGUGGAGGCUCCUACAUCUUACCAAAUGACGAGACGGAAAUGGACCGGCUCGACCUAAACCACGCUUUGAUGACAAAAGUAAUCGGUGAUCGUCUGUAUCUUGCGCCGCUCGUUGAAAAUGACCUCCACCGAGUUCUCGACAUAGGAACUGGAACGGGCAUUUGGGCUAUUGAGAUGGGCGAUGCCCACCCGAACGCUCAAAUUCUUGGCAAUGAUUUGAGCCCCAUCCAGCCCGCCUGGGUCCCACCAAACGUCAAAUUUGAAGUUGACGACGCGGAGAGCCAAUGGAUGCAUGAAUCUCCAUUCGAUUUCAUCUUUUGCCGAUACAUGGCUUGCUGUAUUCUGGACUGGCCUAAACUGACCAAAAGCACUUACGAUAACCUCAAGCCUGGCGGCUGGGUCGAGUUUCAAGACUACGAUUUGCAGUACUACGCCGACGACGGGUCCCUGAAGGAGGAGCACAGCACGCUCACCUGGAUCAACACCCUGCUCGACGCAGCGCGAACGCUGAAGCGCGAACCGUGCCCUGGCCCCAAGCAAGAGGAGUGGGUGAAGGCGGCCGGGUUCAAAAACGUCAAGCAUCAGAUGUUCAAGAUCCCCAUCGGCCCGUGGGCCAAAGACAAGAGGAUGAAGGAUCUGGGCAUGUGCAACCUGGCGCAGACCUUGGAGGGACUCGAGGGCUUCUCGCUCCGCCUGUUCUGCGGGAUUCUCAAGUGGCCCGAGGAAGAGGUUUUGCUUCUGCUGUCGAAGGUCAGGAGCGAGCUGAAGGGAAAUGACUUUCACGCUAUUUUCAACUUCCAUGUUACUUACGGCCAGAAACCUGAGGAAUAAGUAUUAGGAACUCGCAUAACAACUUGUGAAGUAUUUCAAGUUCAUGGCUUUGCUCGGUUGGAAUUCUGGCAAUAUCUUGGGGGUAAAAUAUGGGUAGCUGCAUUUCUUCUGGGAGGUGAAAUUUGCCUUGUUUUAAUUUCACCGAAGUUGCAUCUGAGCGCACAGCUCUGCAUUGCGAGAUACGGCAUGAUGAAUGAUUUCUGCGUUGCCCAUAUGGUUUAUUCUAGAGUAUUCCUAUUUGUACACACACCUAUUUGGUACUUACACACAGAACUGCAUG